AUGGCCUCUAUGAUACUACCACCCAUUACCUCACUUCAAGUGGCUGGUGAUGACGAGAUAAAGUCCGUACUUGAUGCACUUUUCGAACCAUCACAACAUCUUCACCUCAUAGCUAUCCCGCACAUUCGCAUCAGCACCCCUUUCUCAUCUUACUCGUCUCUGAUCGAAUAUGUUGGAUACCUCCUCUUCCUGUUAGCGGAAAGCUCGACGAUUCUUGGCUCACGAGCAGAGCUUCAUGCAAUCCUGGGCUCACAUCCGCGUCUAGGUGAGAAGAAGGUAGAAAGUGCACAGAGCCGUGCUGAACAGGCACACCUUAACACAUCUGGCACCUCAAGUGACGAGGAAGAAGAGGCCGCGAGGCUUAAGGCUCUGAAUGAGGAGUAUGAGGCUCGGUUCCCUGGGUUACGAUACGUAGUGUUUGUAAAUGGCCGGGGCCGUGAUGUUGUGAUGCAAGAUAUGCGGGAACGCAUUGACCGCGGUGAUAUCUUCGCCGAGGAGAAAGAAGCCAUUCAGGCCAUGAUCGAUAUUGCUCUAGAUCGCGCGAAGAAGCUACAGGCAGCAAACUAG